AUGGCGAUGGGUAUACCAAAGUCCGGCUACUCCCGAUUCAUGAAGGAGGGAGCCAUGCACUUCAAAGGAUUGGACGAAGCUGUCCAACGAAACAUCGAGGCCUGUGUAGAAUUGGCCAGUCAAAUAAAAUCGGCCUAUGGUCCAAAUGGAAUGAAUAAGAUGGUUAUCAACCACAUCGAAAAGGUCUUUGUAACCAACGAUGCUGCCACAAUCUUGAAGGAACUGGAAGUUCAACAUCCGGCCGCCAGAAUGCUGGUUAUGGCCGCUGAGAUGCAAGAGAAACAGAUUGGAGAUAACACUAAUACUGUUCUGAUCUUUGCUGCUGCUCUUCUGGAGAACGCCAAUGAAUUGAUCAACAUGGUAAGUGUAGCCGUUCGGAUUGAUGAAUAAAUUUAGGGGUUGAAACCGGUGGAGAUCGCGGCUGGAUACGAACUGGCCUUUGAGAAGACAGCUGAGAUUUUGCCCGAGCUUGUCGUUUCAAAAGAACUUGAUCUUUAUGACCUCGAGAAAGUCAGGAAGGUUCUCAAGGCUUCAAUCAUGUCUAAACAGUACGAUCACUAUGAACUGAUUGCUGAUUUGGUUGCCAAGGCUUGUGGUAAGUGGUGUUAGUCAUGUUUGGUGUGUAUUAGGUUGACUCAAAAGUUUCCCGCCAUGUCUUUAAAAAUUUUUUAGUGAACAAGAAAAUUGCGAGGCCCCGUGAUAUUCAUCUUGACACAAACGGAGAUUUUUUUUUGUAUAUUUUUUGAAAUAUUCUGAAAGAAAGCCUGUUGAAAAUGAAAUACUACCAGUCUAGAAUUUUGCGAAGGCUGCCCCAUACAUCUAUCCUUUCAGUUUUAAAAUACAUUCAAUCAGGCCCUGGAAAUUUUGUUUUGAAGUGUCACGAAAAGCGGAAAACUUUUGAAUCAACUUAAUAUAUAUAUGUAUCGGAAGAAACGAAAUAAUAUUUUUUUUAUAGUGCAAACCGUUCCACAGAAGGCCUCCAACUUCAACGUGGAUAAUGUCAGAGUUGUUAAGAUUCUUGGAGCUGGAGUCGGAUCCUCCCAUGUUAUGAAUGGAAUGGUCUUCCGAAGAGGAGCCGAGGGUGAUAUCAAGCGGGUUUCCAACGCCAGAGUCGCUGUCUUUGCCUGUCCUUUUGACCUUACUCAGACUGAAACUAAGGUUAGUGGUUAAAAAAUUUAGUUAUCAUUUAAUCCUAGGGAACUGUCUUGAUGAACAAUGCGGAAGAUCUUUUGUCUUUCUCCAAUACCGAAGAAGCCGAGGUGGAGAAACAAGUAAAGGAGCUGGCUGACCGCGGAGUUAAUGUUGUUGUGGCGGCUGGCAAGUUCGGAGAUAUUUACCUUCACUACUUGAACCAAUACAAGAUCAUGGGUGUCCGAUUAGUCUCCAAAUUCGAUAUGAGACGACUCUGCCGAACCAUUGGAGCUCAAGCCCAGGCUAGAAUUGUAAGUUUGAUUAAGUUUAGAUUUUUAUCUGUUUAGAACGCACCUACUGUUGAUUUAUUGGGACAGUGUAGCGAAGUCCACAUCCAGGAGAUUGGAGGUGACAAUGUUGUUGUUUUCGACCGAAAAGAAGACGUUGGUAAAGUCGCCACUGUUGUUAUCAGAGGAUCUUCCCAGUCGUUGAUGGAUGAUGUGGAACGAGCUGUUGAUGAUGCUGUUAACACUUACAAAGCUUUGACCAGAGACACAAGAGUAAGUUGUGAUUACUUUGUUUACCUUGUUUUAGUUAUUGGCCGGCGGCGGAGCUAUCGAAAUUGAAUUGGCCAGAAGAAUCGAGUCGAUUGGAGAGAAGUACGAAGGUCUUGAGCAAUACUCUAUUCAGAAGUUCGCUCACGCAUUGGAAACCCUUCCUAAGCUGUUGGCGGACAAUGCCGGUCUCAAGGUGAGUUUUUUCUCAUUCAAUAUGUAGGAACACUAUCCAUGUUACAAUAUGAAUGCCAUGUUUCAGCCAACUGAGGUUCUUUCCAACCUCUACGCUGCUCACCAAAACGGUAAUAUCAGGCAUGGAAUCGAUGUCUCAACCGGGGCCUUGGUGGAUUCCGUUGAAAACAAUGUCUUCGAUCUUUUUAACUCCAAGUUAUUGGCCUUUAAGUUGGCCACAAACGCAGCAGCCACGGUUCUGAAGGUAGACCAGAUAAUCAUGUCUAAGCCAGCUGGUGGUCCUCCAGUCAGAGCCCCCAAAGCCCAAGAUGAAGACGAUGGAAUGGCCUAA